AUGGGACGGAGUGCGACAGAGAGGCGGCGGCGGCCCAGGGUCGGGCCGGGCCUCCCUCGCGGGGCAGCGAGAGGGAAAGCGGCCCUCCCGGCCGCAGCCUCCCCCACCUCGAGAGGCAGCUCCAACUUUCCUCCCAGCGCACGACGUCGCACGGGCCGCGCGAGAUUCCGAAACUUUGUCAGCCCUCCCAUCGCCCUAGGCCCGCUCCAGCGCCCUGCGCCGGCCGCUAACCCGCGUCUAGCCCAGACAGCUGCCCAAGCCCAUCCACCCCGCGGGUCGACCAGUUUACCUCAGGCCGAGGUCGAGGCGCUCGGUCCGGCCGCGGCCACACAGCAGCCUCCUCCCUCCCCUCCCCUCCCCUCCCCGCGCGUCUCCCUCCUCCUCCCUUCCCUCGCUCGCUUGGCUCACUGUCGGCGCGCUAAGGUGACGACGGCGGCUGCCGGACUCGCCGCGCUCGGCCUACUCUCUCGCUCUGGCCCUGAGUGCAUGUUCGCAGUGCCCAGCCGGGCCGCAGGGGGGCGCUGGCAAACUGCUGUUUGCGACCGAGAAGCGUGGUGGGUGGAGUCACGUCGCGCGGCCUGUGAGCGGGAGGAAGGGCAGCUGCGAUGGAGGGGCCUUCUGGGAAACGUCCUUCCUGCCCCGCCUUUCGCCAACGCUGCGGAUGGUGCGCCUGCGCAGCGCGUGGACUUUGGCCUCAGCGCUCCUUUGGCAGUUUUACAGGCUGCGUCGCGGAGAACAAUGAAAGAGGCUUUAAGGAAGAGGGGAUACAGACACAGACACGUGUGCACGCAGAAGGAAGACCAUAAAAACAGAGACAAGACAGCCAUCUACAAGUUAAGUAGAGAGGGUUCUGAAGAAGCACUCCUGCCAACACCUUGAUCUUGGACUUCAAGCCUCCAGAACUGUGAGAGAAUAAAUUUCUGUUUGUUGAA